AUCAUGUUAACAUGAAUAUUUUUUUAAUGAAAAAUACAUUUUCCAAAAAAAAAUAGAAGAAUGGUCUCAUUUUCAUUUUUGCAAAUUUCUUUGUCUGGCUUAAUAAAGAAGCUGAUGCUCAUAUAUGUUUCGUAUCUCAUCUGUUGCAGUACAUUGUUUUGAAGUAUAUUUUAAAAAUCUAGCCCCAAAUAGAUAAUGUAGUUGGAAAUGGAAGGAGUAUUUUAAUGGUCUUUUCAGGUGAUUGCUGAUCUUUGCAAUAUAGAAUCUGAGACCAUAUCAAUGAAGUCUUUAUACUCAUUUACAUUGAAAUUUGUCGGUUUGUCUAGCACCUUGAAUGGAUUUUUUUUUUUUUUUACCAGUGCAUGAUUCUAAAACAUCAUGCUUUUUGCUCAUUUGGAAAAUAGGCUCACUGAGUUAUGCGGCUCUUCCAAAUGUUUUUCCAUUUCAUUUUACAGUGUCAAAAGACUAUAUUUGUUAAUAUCACUGUCAUUUUUACCAGAAAAGUCUUUAAGUAUUGGGAAGCUGUUAAGUUCAUGAUGAUGGAUACAAAAUUCUAAUAUCCAAAUUCCCAAAAUUCUGAUCUUUGCCUGAAAGCUUGAAUUUUGUCAUUGGCCACAAAUGAAAAGUUUGUUUUCCUUGAAGUGACAGGCUCAUUUUGUUCAUUUUUUGAGAAAAUGACUGGCAGUUUCCAAGUCUGAAUAACCCGCUUGCCAGUCAUUCUUUCAAGUAAAAAUGAUGUUCAGUGAGAAAAAUUGGCUUCCUUUUCCUUUGAUUUUAACUACUCUUCUCCAGGAAAAUCUAGACUAUCACAGCAUAAUGUUUCUCAGGCCAAGACAGAAAAGUUUGGGGCCUGGUCAAGAGAGGGAGCAGAAAUAAUGAUUGUAAUGACUGGACACGCCACCCCCCUGGGCUGGGAGUGGCCACAGUGUAGGGUUCACCUGGCUCCUUGACUGCCCUGGGGAUGUGCGUGCUAAAACAUGGAUCCCUUGUAUGAGUAACCCCACACUCUCAGAGGUGCUGGUUUUGCCUGGAGUGAAGCAGAAUUUAAUGUUGGAGAUUUUUUGAGCAGAUCCCAAAUGUAGAAAACCCCUAGAAUCUUCCCUUGCUCCCCCCCCCCCCCCCCAUUUUUUACCUAGAACUAAAAGUUUAUCUGGAGAGGCUCUGAAAUUUAAACUGCAUGAGAAGGAGUAAUUUCCGCCCAGGGCUGUUGGGUUUAAGGAUCAGUUCCCUGGGCUCUGUGAUGAGGAAAAAUGGUUGGGCGUUUCAUUCAUUUGAUAACUAUUUAUUGUUCAUGCUCUUGUGUGGGAAUACUGUGCCUGAUGUUAAAAAUGCAGCUUGAGAACAGCUAGUUGAAAGCCUGAGUUGACUUUGAGGCAUAAGGGAUCAUGAUUGCCAGGAAUUUGAAAAAUGGCAGGAGAUUGCAUUCAAAGGGAAUUCUGAACCAAGAGCUUUUCUCUGCCAAAGGAAAAAUUUGCAGAAACACUGGUAGUACGGGCUGCAUAUAACAUCUCCAGUUUCAGGAUUCUCACCAUUCUGUGGCAGAAGAAAAAGAAAAUGUCAGAGAAAAAAGUCCCCAGGCCCCACCAGGCAUUGUAUUUGGGGGCAGGCACCAAGGCUUAGGGCUAAAACAGCUUUGGGGGUAGCCCCAAGAAUUGCCUGGCCCAGAAGGAAAAACUCAGGUAUAUCAAACUCAGGACCGUGAGUAACUAGAUUCCAUUGUAGCUUUUUAUUAAGAACAGAAUGGUCGGAGGGCCAAAGUAAUAGAUUGAGUGUCUAUUGCAUGGAAUCCCUGGCUAACCUUUGCAUCUCUAAUGUCACUUAAUUCUCUGGGCAACCUUAUGCAGUGUGAGAUGGUAUCAUCCCUGCUUCAGUUAGGACCUAAUUAGCUUGCCAGGCCUGGUGUUUUUUUCUUUUAACUGGAAAGACAGCUUGUCCUGUAAAUUUAUUUCCAUUGAUGGCUAACCUCAUUUAUUAUGUGGACCAGUUUGGCUCUAGGAAGAGCCACAUUAUUUCCAUGAAUGAGGCCAUCUCGUAAUCCCCAGGGAAUGUGAUCUUCCACUCUUCCAUGCUUGAGAUUGGAACCAUUCAGGUGAAGGUCGAGGAUAGGGAGAUGGCCUUUCUCUCUCUGAGAAGCAAAAAUUUCAAAAUUUCAAGCAGUGUCUUGCUAAGGUAUAUUGCCAUAGUGAUACUUAACAAAUCUGAUUUAGCCAUUAUGUGCCUAGCUGAGCCCAGGCCCUGUGCUACAGUGAGAGAUCCAGACAAGAAUCAGACCUGAUACUUGCCCUCUAGGAGUGCAACAUAAAUAGAAGGGACAGGAAAGGACAGGUAAAGAAAUGAAGUAGAAGGCACAGAUUCUGUAAGCAAGGCAUAAUGUGCUAUGCAGAUAUGGGGAGGGGAGAGGAAUUACAAGAAGGACUCUCUGGGAAGGCUUCGAUGGGGUUGGGUUUAAGCCCUGCCUAGCUACUUACUGGUAAAGUUGGGAAGGAAGGGAGUUUGAAGCAGAGGAUCCCCAGCAAAGGCAUGAGGUAGGGGUAGGAGAAUAUAGAGAAUAUUUGGGGAACUUAAAGAAUGACUGUGGGGUAGAGGACGGAGAUUAAGAUGUCUAAGUCACCUUAAAUUCAUUCCACAUGAAAGAUGCUUGCAUUCUUAUAAAAUACUGUGACUGUAUUUUCUAUAUUUUUCAAGCCUGGUCCUGAAUUUAAGUGUUUCCCAUCACUCCCAUCAUAUUCUUAAUUAGUAUCCAAUGUUGAGGCAGUGUAUUAAUGGGCCUGGUACUGGACUAGGUGCUUUGUCCAUUCAAUGUUCACAGCCAACCAUACAAGUUAGGACUUAAUCCCAUUUUACAGAUGAAGAGACAGAGACUAGAACUUGCCCAACAUCCUACAGCUGGUAAGUGGUGGAGACCCAAGAUAAGUGCCAAAGCCAGUUUUAAUUCCCCUGCGUCCAGUGCCUCCCACAAGUACUUUGGCACUAGGUACAGUCACACUGAUCACACAUUUAACUUGUAAGAAUUCUGUAUAUGCUUUUAAAAGAGGAAAAAAAAACCCCACUUAUUGAACAUUGCCAUAUGUGUUUUACAGUUGUUAUCUUGUUUGUGCCCAGACUAUAUAUACUUUACAUCACAGGCUAUACAAAGAAUUUCAGAAUAAUUUUACUCAGACAAGAUUUUCCUCCUAUGUAGUAACUUUAGAACCUAAUACCCAAAUGAAAUGAAACUCUACUGUAGUAAAACUACACAUCCUGGUGUUUUCCUUAAGACUGUGGUCACCAUUAGCACAGGGAAAGGGACUUGGGUGUUGGCCUCACCUCCUCCCUCUGGAGUUGCUAUGGCAUCUUACAACUAUGAAAAGUUUCCUGGGACACUUCUCAAAAACGCCCCCUUUGCCUGACUUCUCCAAGUACCGUCCUUCUCCAUCAAUCUCCCACCCUUCCAUGAGAUACCACCAGUGGGUUAGAAGCUAUAUCCUUUUACAGCUGCAGUUCAACAGCUGUCUUGUCCACUGAAAUGUUCCCUUGACAGAAACCUUUUAGGCAGUGUCUCACAUAGGUUCCACGCUUAAGAUUUCUCUCUCUCUGUUACUCUUUUUUCCAAUAUCCGUGUUCUCCCCCAGAUGUUUCAUUAUGCUCCUGGUACUACUCUUUGGUUCCUUUCUUUUUCUAGAAUCCAGAGACCGAGGUCAGUGUAAUUGUAACAUUACAGAUUUAAGGAUACCCUGAUGCCAGUUUAUUGUGAGAAGGUGAUUUUAUUUGAGAAAGAUGAUGGCAUUUAUUUUCUUGGUAGGAUGAGGAUGAUUCCCUUAUUCCUUUGCUUAGGCCUCUGCAAACACCUGUUAUCUAGUAGUGGGUUCCCCCCACCUCCACCCAGUCUGUGCAGACUUGCUGCCUGCUAUGUCAUCGGGAACGCAAAGGCUGGGAAGAAGGCCCUUCCCAAAACGGACUGGUGUUGCAGGAUCUCCUUGUCACACACAUCCUGCAAAUCACAGUCUUGUGGGGGUGACUCUCAUUCCUCUUCGUCCUCCUCUUCAUCGUCCUCGUCCUCCUCCUCCUGCCAUGGGAACUCAGGGGACUGGGAUCCCAGCUCCUUCCUGUCAGCACAUAAGCUCUCGGGCCUCUGGAACUCUCCGCACUCCAGUGGGGCCGUGCCGGGUAGCUCACUCGGGAGUCCUUCCACCAUCCCUGGUGAGGUUUUCUCUAUCUCGGAGCACCACCGGCACUCAGACCUCACUGCUCCACCUAACAGCCCCACCGGCCACCACCCCCAGCCAGCAUCGCUGAUCCCAUCUCACCCCGGAUCCUUCGGCUCACCACCCCACCCACACCUGCUGCCUGCUACCCCAGCAGCACCUUUCCCUGCCCAGGCUUCAGAAUGCCCUGUUGCCGCUGCUGCCGCCCCCCACACCCCAGGGGCAUGUCAGACCCCACACCUGCCCUCCACCAGCAUGCCGCUCCUGAAGAUGCCUCCACCAUUCUCGGGGUGCAGCCACCCCUGUAGUGGGCACUGCAGCGGGCACUGCAGCGGGCCUCUCCUCCCACCUCCCAGCUCUCAGCAGCUCCCUAGCACUCACAGCAGGGACCCUGGGUGCAAGGGACACAAGUUUACACACAGCGGUCUGGCCUGCCAGCUGCCCCAGCCCUGCGAAGCAGAUGAGGGCCUGGGCGAGGAGGAGGACAGCAGCUCAGAGCGCAGCUCCUGCACCUCAUCCUCCACUCACCAGAGAGAUGGAAAGUUCUGUGACUGCUGCUACUGUGAGUUCUUCGGCCACAAUGCGCCACCCGCUGCCCCGACGAGUCGGAAUUAUACAGAGAUCCGAGAGAAGCUCCGCUCGAGGCUGACCAGGCGGAAAGAGGAGCUGCCCGUGAAGGGGGGCGCCCUGGGCGGGAUCCCUGGGGAGCCCGCCGUGGACCACCGAGAUGUGGAUGAGCUGCUGGAAUUCAUCAACAGCACGGAGCCCAAAGCCCCCAACAGCGCCAGGGCCGCCAAGCGGGCCCGGCACAAGCUGAAAAAGAAGGAAAAGGAAAAGGCCCACGUGGCAGCAGAAGCUCUAAAGCAGGUGAAUCGUAGUGUUUCUGGAAGCCAGGAGCCAAGGCCUGCCCCAGAGAGGCUCUUGGAGUGGCCCGACCGGGAGCUGGAUCGGGUCAACAGCUUCCUGAGCAGCCGUCUACAAGAGAUCAAGAACACUGUCAAGGACUCUAUCCGUGCCAGCUUCAGUGUGUGUGAGCUCAAUAUGGACAGCAAUGGAUUCUCUAAGGAGGGGGCUGCUGAGCCAGAGCCCCAGAGCCUAUCCCCCUCAAACCUCAAUGGCUCCUCAGAGCAACGGCCUGAUAUUAACCUUGACCUGUCCCCUUUGACUUUGGGGUCCUCUCAGAACCACACGUUACGAGUUCCAGGUGAGCCGGCCCCACCAUGGACAGAAAUGAGAGGCUCUCACCCACCAUGGACAGAGGUGAGGGGGCCCCCUCCCGGUAUCAUCCCUGAGAAUGGGCUAGUGAGGAGACUCAACGCUGUGCCCAACCUUUCCCGGGUGAUCUGGGUCAAGACACCCAAGCCAGGCAACCCUAGCCCUGAGGAGCCAAGCCCAAAGGAGGUUCCCAGUUACAAGCAGGAGCUGCCUGAGCCCGUGGCCUCAAGUGGGAAGCCUCGGAAGGGCAAGAGACAGGGCAGUCAGGCCAAGAAGAAUGAGGCAAGCCCAGCACCCCGGUCCCCAGCCAGCCUAGAGGCUCCCAGCGCCAAGGGCCAGACCCCCAGCUCCAAGCAGCCAGGCAAGGCCCCGGAGCUUCCCAAAGUGGGCAGCUGUGCCGAGGCUGGAGAGGGGAGCCGGGGAAGCCAACCGGGACCAGGCUGGGCUGGCAGCCCCAAAGCCGCCGAGAAGGGCAGCUCCUGGCGGAACUGGCCAGGUGAGGCCAAAGCACGGCCUCUGGAGCAGGAGUCUGUGCCGCCCCCAGGCCCAGCAAGGCCACAGAGCUUGCCACAGGGCAAGGGCCGCAGCCGCCGGAGCCGCAACAGACAGGAGAAGACGGCCGCCUCCUUGGACGAUGUGUUCCUGCCCAAGGACAUGGAUGGGGUGGAGAUGGAUGAGACGGACCGGGAGGUGGAGUACUUCAAGAGGUUCUGUUUGGACUCUGCAAAGCAAACUCGUCAGAAAGUUGCUGUGAACUGGACCAACUUCAGCCUCAAGAAAACCACUCCCAGCACAGCUCAGUGAGCCCCCUGCCGGGUCGAGCUGCUUCAGGGUGUCCUGAGACCCCCCAACUGCCAGCUGAAGGUCUACAGUUUCUUCCUCCACAUCCCUACCCACCUGCCCAAGAUCCUCCCUGCUCCUCACCGUCCUGGACCAACCAAAAGUUGAAUGGAUGCUGUGCCGUGCUGGGGCCCCUCAAGACCUCCGCAGAGCCGCUUCCUGGUGCUACGCAGCCCCCUCACUCAGAGCCUGGGGGCUGGACUGGCCUGUGGGCCGGGGGCUGAUGGUACUGCUGGCCCAACACUGCUCUCUUUGUGUUUGGUUUUGUUUUUGUUCUUGUUUUUCAAUUCUUUACUUUUGAUACUGUGAAGAUCUUUCCUGCCGAAAGAUAAAGCAACAUUUGGACACAGUCA